UUUAACCCAGCCCUAAUGAAGGGAUUACUUGAGUUUUUUACCCUCGGAUACCUUCUCUGUGGCACGCAGUUCACGAGAGCGGAGACCGUCAAAUCUAGCGGCGAUGUCUGGCCAGUGAGAGAGUUCCGAGCUGUGUGGGUAGCCACAGUGGCGGACAUUGACUGGCCGCUGUCCCGCUAUCACUCCACCUCCCAACAGAAGGCGGAGCUGGUCCUCCUCCUGGACAAGCUGCAGAAGCUGAACUUCAAUGCCAUCGUGUUCCAGGUCCGCUCAGUUGGUGAUGCCAUGUACAACUCUACCCUGGAGCCGUGGAGCGAGUAUUUGACAGGUUCCCAAGGAAGGGCUCCUUCUCCUUAUUACGACCCCCUGGCCUUUGUACUGGAGGAGGCUCACAGACGCAGCAUGGAGGUGCACACCUGGUACAACCCGUAUCGAGCUCGGUCUGGGAGUACCUCUAAGGCUGGACUUGCCCCUAACCACAUUGCUGUCAAAUAUCCACAGUACGCUCAUGCUUAUGGGAACGAUCUAUGGAUGGACCCAGGGGCCAAGGCAGUUCAGGAUCAGUGUUACAACGUCAUCAUGGAUGUGGUAAAGCGUUACAACAUUGACGGCGUCCACAUGGAUGACUACUUCUACCCAUACCCUGUUUCAGGACAAAGUUUUCCCGAUAACGUUACUUACAACGCUUAUCGAAAAGGAGGCGGCCAUCUUGGACGGGAUGAUUGGAGACGGGAUAACGUCAACUCGCUUAUCCAGCGUCUGUAUAAUGGAACCAAGGCGACCAAGAAGCAUGUGAAAUUUGGUCUUAGUCCAUUCGGAAUAUGGAAAUCAGGAAUUCCUAAAGGCAUAGUUGGGCUGUCGUCCUACUAUGAGCAGUACGCUGACAGUAGGAAGUGGUUUGACGAGGGCUGGGUGGACUACUUUACUCCGCAACUGUACUGGCGGAUUGAUCCGGUGAAACAGAGUUUCACGCACCUGAUGGACUGGUGGCUGCAGCAAAACUCCAAACAUCGCCACUUCUAUGCAGGGAGCUAUGCAGGCAAUGUGGUAGAGCAAAACUGGCCACUUGACGAAAUUACACGCCAGGUUGAGGAAGCAAGGAAGCGACGUGACAAGCUGAGUCUUGGUGAUGUGUUCUUCAGUGCUAAGUACUUCCGGGACAACAGCAAGGGAUUAUCCACCAUGUUUCAGAAAGACCUCUACACUGUUCCAGCUCUUGCACCGCCUAUGCCAUGGCUUGGUGCCACUCCACCUCCACCUCCCUCUGGUGUCAGGGUUUCAGGCAGCACCUUGACGUGGAACAAGGACGGUUCCGGUGUGACGAGGAGCUGGGCUGUUUACAAGUAUGAGGCGGACGCGUGGGAGUUGAAGAAACUCCUGAACAAUGACACAACCAGUUGGUCAGUGCCCAGUGGCCGCUACGCCAUAACAGCCGUGGACAGACUGUCCAAUGAAAGUGACGCGGUGGUCAAGGAAGUGCAAGGGGGAGCUAGUAUCAUUGGCUGAAAAUGUUGGACACAACAUGUUUUGAUAAUGUGAUUGAUAACGGAAAUUG